AGGGGCGGACUGACCAUUUGGAAACUCGGGCACUGCCCGAGGGCCCAGGGUCAGUAGGGGGCCCCAUGAGAUGCCCCUGGUACCUUUUUCAUAGGCUUUUUUGAGUUUGGGCAAGGACACAGGGGCCCUAUGAUCCCCUAUUGCCCGGGGGCCCCAUGAGUUGUCAGUCCGCCCUGGUAGCGAUACCAUGUACCAUGAAACUCUUGUCCCCAUCAACAUGAAGACAAGGUGCUUUGAGGAGGGAACCUCCUCUGUCCCAAAGCACCCCCCCCCCCCAGGCUUUUUUGAGUUUGGGCAAGGACACAGGGGCCCCAUGAUCCCCUAUUGCCUGGGGGCCCCA